CGUAUCUGCUGUUCACGAGCGUCCAUGCCCAUGAACAAAAUACUAGCGAAUCAGUCCUAGUUCGUACAACGCCACGCCGAUGGAAGAACAGAAGGAUAAUUUUCCACCACCUUCAGCCAUGAAGGGCCAGUUCAAGUCUCCCAGGGUCAAGAAGACCAAGAAGAAGAAGCAACACUUCGAGGAGAACGUUCCAGAGGACACCGCUACCGUUAAGCUAACGGAAGAACCAAGGGAUCAGGCAGUGACCACGAAACGAGGCAGUGGCAGCAACAUCGAUGACACCCCUUCAUCCCGCCCUCUGAAUAUAUCCUCCUCUCACGAGAAAGUACAGGAACCAUCUCCUCCUCGACAGAACGUAGCAACCUCACCGACACCUAGGAAGAGACUGGACAGCAUUGCGUACGCCAGAAAAUUCAUCCAGAACAAGAAAGAAGCAGAUGUAAAAGUAAACGUGGUUGAGGAACGAUUGCCCGACCUGCUGCAUUCUGGGCAACACGCAGAAGAGGUGCUUUUUGGCGCUUCGACCGCAAGGACUUUGUCGUCUCCAUCAGACCCUCCAGGGGUCAGCAGACCGGGAAAUCGGCGCCAGUCAAGCGUUCGCUUUGGCCAAACAACUUACCGAGAGAUCGAAGAUGCACCCGAAGACAACAUUCCUCGAGCGCCCAGAAACUUCGCCAACGCCAUUUCUGUCCUUACGGUCGGAGGCGCCUUCCUGGUGGUCCUCUUCUACUUUGUGUAUAUGCUCAAACCGCCACCUGGUGCCAAGAUAGCCGCACACUGCAUCACUGAGGACUGCCACGCUUCCCUCGCCUACCUUGACAACGUCACCGACAGUCGCAUCGACCCCUGCCUGGACUUUUUCGGUCAUGUUUGCAAUUCCUGGACCAGCCAGGUGUCUGACAGGGAUGUCGGGUUCUUGCAAGACGCUCGCUCUGUAAUGUUGAAGAAAAUUAACCGGACGCUCGUCGUAAGAGAAGCGGUUCCACCCGAUCGGUAUGGCACGCACAUAUUUUAUUCCUUUUAUAAAUCCUGCCACGACUUCAUGACGUCUCGUUCCAAAGAGCCCGAGUUGCCUCACCUAACCUUCCAGCGACACUUCGGUAGCCUGAGGGACUUCUUGGGAAAGACUUAUCCCUCCGUCUUAACUACACUGAUCCGUUUAUCUCUUGAGAAUGGUCUCGACUCUGUGUUUGGGGUCAGUAUGGUUCGAGAUAAGGUGUACUCCAAAUUGUUAAUAAGCAGAACCCGUUCGAUACGAGAGAAGCUGAGUGUUCACGAAGAUCCCAGGAUUGAAGGCUAUGUCAUUAACGUCCUGCAAAGCAUUUCGGCCUCGUUAUUUCCUGUGUUGGAAUAUCACUCGAAACUAAUGGCUCUGGAUACUAAAGUACAAUCAGUAUUCGUGUCGGACGAAGAUAAUGUGCGAGAGAUUCCCUUUACGGAUGUUGAAUUACUGGCCAAGGAGAUCACGGCGACGACUUGGUUGAAGACCGUUAACGAUGUCCUUCCUCCAGAACGGAAACUCAUAAUGCAGAGCAGGAUCAAAACGCGAGGAUUCAAUGCAACGCGUCAGGUCCUUGGGCUUCUCAAAGACAGCAGUAAGCCUCCUGAUGACAAACUUAAAAGCAUUUAUGUCUACUUUCAACUACUCGCAGAAGUUCUAUACCUUGAUUACCGUCGCCGGUUUGCCAAGGCAGAUUCAAUCCGCACCUGUCUGGAGGCGAGUCAAAAUGUGCUGACUCAUACUUGGCCGUACCUAUUCGCCUCAUCGGUUGGAGCAAAUAACAGCUCGUCCACAAUAAAUGUCAUUUACGCGAGCGUUUCUGAAGCGGUGAUGAGCUUCGAAUACCUCAGCUGGAUGGACAGCAAAACAGAACUAGUGGCCAUGUCCGUCGUGAAGAACACCAAGUUAGCUCCGUUGCAAGUGGUAUCCAGCACUGACUUUGAAGUUGAAGCUAACUACGAUACCUUGACCUUAAAUGGAUCGUUCAUAAACAAUUAUAUUGCGUUACUGUCCAACGAGCAGCCCAUACUGCACAAGUUUCCUCGAAGUGUUCGACAUUAUUUCUUGAACACUCUCCAACUGGACGGACCACUCUCAUACUACCAACCGCUAUCGUCUGUUAUCGUCCCUGCUGUUUACAGAAUAGCGCCCCUACUUUACUCCCAUGUAGGAGAACUCCAGUACUUCGACGUCUCGACGGUCGGAAUCCUCAUGGCCAAAGAACUCUCAAGAACCAUCGGACCUUCUCUAGGAUCUACCUGGUGGUCCUCCAAGACGAAAUCACGUUUCGACAAUUCUUUCCAAUGUCUCCUGAACAUGUACGAAAGAAUGGCUCCGUCACCCUACAUGGACAAGAUCCAGCUGGCUGAAGCGAUAUUUGCUUGGACCAGAAGUGUGAGGUUGAUGUACGAUGUCCUUAGGACUCACAGCAAGCAGUCUUCAGCUUGGAUGGCAACUGCAGUUCAACGCGUGUUUUUCAAGCGUUUCUGCCUUCUGAGCUGCACCUCUGAUCCUCGUCCACGACCUCUCACACCUCGUCAACAGUGCAUGCUGCCCGUUCUGAAUAUGCCCGAGUUCUCUGAAGCGUUUCAGUGUGCGCAAGGUUUGGGCGCCAGUGCGCACGUAUGCAAGAUACUAUGACACAACCUCGUCGUGCUCUGAAGGCGAAUUGACAUUUCGAGUUCGUCGCGUUGCUGCCGUUUGAAUGAUUCGUGUAUGCAUCAGCUGCACUGACGCAAGUGAACUCUUAGAUGGUCUCGUAAACUACUAGAGACAAUGGCGUGUUAUUGUGCAAUAUAAUUUUACUGAUGUUAACACUCGAUGAAAUGUAAAUGAUUCCAAUUAAUGUAUAAUAUAAUCUUGUGUAAACUCUGUAUCAUGUUAUGUAAACUGGAGCCAGAAUUAUGGUGUGUACACAUUGCAAAAUACAAGAGCAAAAGCCAAAAUCAACAAUAGCGAUGCAAAUGCUACUAAAAUUUUCUGCUCGCUCGGCCUCAAGUGACGUGAUGUUCAAGAAAUUGGUUCGGUUAACGUUGAGAUUCAUCGUGAUUAGUGUGUUCUCCAUUACGUAUGUGCACGUCAUUUUUCUGUUGUGUACCAGUGACUGCUGCUCUUAUGAUAUAUUCGCACUGCAUAUAUUAGAACUAUAUACCCACUGUCGUGUUCGACCCAAGAACGGAAGCUGGGAAGCAUAAGACUCAGAAAUCGCGCAAGACUAUGCAUUGAA